AUGAUUAAUUCCGAUAGCUCAGAUCAAACCUUUCGUAAGUCCGCUAUGGAUUCUGGAUCCAAAGUUAAAAAAGGAGCGGCUGGAAGAAAAGGCGGAGGUCCCAAAAAGAAACCUGUUUCCCGGUCGGUUAAAUCCGGUUUACAGUUCCCGGUCGGUAGGAUCGGCCGGUAUCUGAAGAAAGGUCGCUAUUCGAAGCGUGUUGGAACCGGAGCUCCGGUUUAUCUCGCCGCCGUGCUCGAGUAUCUUGCAGCUGAGGUUCUUGAGCUUGCUGGUAACGCUGCGAGAGAUAACAAAAAGAAUCGUAUCAUACCACGCCAUGUUCUGUUAGCCGUGAGGAACGACGAGGAGCUAGGGACGCUGCUCAAAGGCGUCACAAUCGCACACGGUGGCGUUUUGCCAAACAUCAACCCGAUUCUCCUCCCAAACAAGUCUGCGAAAGCAUCUUCUUCGUCUGCAAAACUUCCCAAGUCACCAUCAAAGGCUACCAAAUCCCCUAAGAAGGCCUCGUAA